UUUUUUCCCUCUCUGAAAGAGGAACUGUUUUUCAGCAGGAGGGACACUUUACUGUGGCGGACCAACAUGGCCGCGUUCGGAAGGAGCUCAGCUUACUACAAUUUCAUCAGGAGUUCUGCUCGUGUUCUGUUGAAUGGCAUUAAACCUACAGUCAGUAAACGCAGCAGAUGGACGACAGUCCUGACUUCCGGUGUGGCGUCUUUAGCCGUCGGCGGCGGACUGUGCGCUGUCCCUUUUAAAGAGGUGGAUGACCUUUCCCACGACUCCCUCAUCAAACGGGCAGCCUCUCUGGCCGCAGACAGCUCCAAUGGUUUCCUCUCACAGACCACCUUUGCUCUCAUAGAAGCCAUCACAGAAUAUGCAAAGGCCGUGUACACACUCGUUUCACUACAAAAACGAUAUCUAGAUGCGCUUGGAAAACUUACUCAGGCAGAGGAGGAUUCAGUCUGGCAGGCGAUCAUUGGCCAGCGAGCAAAGGUUAAUGAUAAAAAAGAGGAAUGCAGACGCUUGGAGGCGAUCUGGGGCACCGCGGUGACACUGUCUGAGACGGCUGCUGAAGCGGCUUAUGCAUCAGGAGCUGAGCAUGUCUGCAUUAUGGCAAAGACAAACAUUCAGGUGGCCCUUUCCCAGGUGGAGCAGGCCCAAAAUACUAGUUUGGAUGCAGAUAAAAAGCUGGCUGAAGCUAAAGUCAUGGAGGUUGAAAGGAUGACGCAGCAUGCUGCCUCCUUACAGAACGCUGAUAAUGAGGAAGAUGUGCCUGAAGCUUAUCUGAGAGAAGACUAAACAGGAAUAAUAUAACUUCUCAUCCCUUUUAGUCAUAAGAAUUAAAACAUUUUUAUGAUUAGAUACUGGGCUGUUUUACAGUCUUUUAUAGGAUUGGCUCCAUCCACUAUUCAUGUAAUAUUUGUUGACUUAUAGCAGUAAUCCAUACUUUUAAAGGCAGAAAACCUUUAAUUAUUGAUUCUCAUGUGUUGCAAUAGAUUGCACUUUCAUUGUUAUGGAUGACAGAUUAAAUGGAUGAGUUUAAACUAUUUUGUUCAUCAGCUUCUUCUUAAUUAAUUGAAAUCCAAAUACCUGAAGAUUAUUUAAGUUUGGCCAAAGAUGACAUGACGUUGGUGUGUCUACGCACAGUACAAAUAAAAGCACAGUUUCCAAAUUUCUGAAAGAUCAUGACCAUAUGUUUUACUUUGGAUUCAUGUGUGAAUUAAAACUCCCAUGUUGUUGUCUUGAAAGGUUUUCUGUAUUUUGUUUUCUGCAAUUGUCAGAAGCUCCUUGAAAAACAAUAGAGUAUGAUAUAAGCUGUCAUGUCAACAAACUGUUUUUUUCUUCUAAAAAGAAAAAUCUUAAAAAUGUAUAGUGUAUUUGCAAAAAUGUGAGAAACAUUUUAUUACCUUCAUAAACCCCACAGUUUGUGCAUUUUAGACAGAUUAAACUGCACAAUGACUGUUAUUGAGUGAUUUAGAUCUUCAACCAAACAACUGUUUAAACAAUAUUUAAAAGAAAAUCUGCCUUAAACACCUUUUUAUUUACAAUAUAAUUUUACGUAACAUUUUUAAGGGUUACCUUUUAAGUUAAAAAACAUAUAAUACAGGUCCUGUUAUGGUAGUUAAUGUAUAAUUAGGCAUUAAUUAAUUAUUAAAGUCUUCAGACACUUUUAUGCUUUAGUUUGCAUUAGUAAGUCUACUAUUGUAUCCAUUAUUUAGCAGUUAACUCGUGUUUUUUAUUCAACCUUACUAAGAAAGCAAUAAAAAAUUCUACCCAACGCAAUACUCAGCAAUGUGCAUCAAAGUGUUGCCUAUUUUAUAUAAAAAUACAGGUUUAAAAACUUCAUUGUCUUUACAGCAUGAACAAAUAUGGACAUAAAACUUCAACAACUUUUUACUUUUUUAUGUAAAACAGUUUUAGUUAAAAGAUUCAUGUUGAUAAACCCCAAAAUCUAAUUGACCAACAUUUUUUCAUCCACGUUUUAUUUAUUUUUUUCUGGUGCCUCAAAUUCUGCAUCAUGUUAUUUCCAGAAAUGCCUAUUCUGGCUGCUCACAGGAUUUUGCCACUAACAUAGAUGCAACCUUCAACUCAAAGUUUAGUAGUUAGAAAUGCAGGAAAUGCCUCCCUCUGUCUUCUCUUCCAUGUUUUUGCUUGGCUGCACAGUAAAAUGGGGCGCCAACACUUCAGAGCAUGCUUUCUCUUCCCAAAGGCCUUGUUUAUUCUAUGUGUGUGUGUAUGUUUCUUUAACAAGCUGCUUCCUGAAAGUGUUUGUGGUCUUCCUCACCAGCCUUUCCUGUUCACAGCCGUUUCUCAAUUGCAGAAUAAACUAAAAAUACUGGUGUCCUCUUAUCACCGAAAACCAUCUGUUUUACAGAUAUUUCAAAUGCAAUGACAUUUUACUGUCUAUUCUUUCAAGUAUAACUCUCCGAUCAGCUAUUUAAAAGUGGUGUUACCGUAGAGCAAAUCCAUCCUCUGAGCACGAUGACAAAUCUUUUGGAGAAUCUAGAGAUGAUUAUCCAGUAAGUGCAUCAAAAUGACAGCUGCACAGUUUGUUAUAACUGGGUCACAAAAGUCAGAAAAAUGUCACUGAGAGCUUUAGAUUUGAAGACUCAAAUCAGAAAAGUGAUAUUCUUCCCACUCAGACAUGUAAGUGAUUAAUCAAUGAUCAAGCUCCCAUGUUUUAAACUGUUUAUGAACGACUGAAGCAAAUCAAAUAAACUACUGAAAAGUCAAAA